GGUCCCUGCACAGGGCUCCUCUCCUUCCUGAUGUCUCUGCUGGUCUCACUUCCGGGAGGGAAUCAGGCCAUGACUUGGAUCCUGCUUCUGCUGAUGUCAGCUGCAUGUCUGCAAGCUGGUAACUCUGCAGGAUCUAACAGAGUAAAUGCCUUUGGGGUCAACCAACCAGCACAUCUCUCUGGUGUCCAGGGCAGCUCCAUCGAGAUCCCCUUCUCCUUCUACUUUCCCUGGGAGUUGGCAGAGGAUCCACACAUGAGGAUUCUCUGGAAAUGGGAGAAAUUCCAUGGGGAAUUUAUCUACAACUCCACGCCACCUUUCAUACAUAAACAUUUCAAGAACAGGCUCAUCCUGAACUGGACACAGCCUCAGACAUCCGGAGUCCUCAGAAUCCUGGACUUGGAGGAGAAGGACCAGACCGUGUACUUCUGCCGAGUUUCUCUGAACACAAGAUAUGGCGUGGAGGUGUGGCAGUCUAAGAAAGGAACCCACCUCACCAUCACUCCUGCCCCCAGGACCACCUCUCCAAGCCCCACCUCUGCAACUUCUGCACUCACCAGAACUGAACUCACCAGAACUGCACUCACAGCCACAGAAGGGAAGAAGAGCGGGAAGAAUCAGAUCCUGGGUCUGGGAACCAGAGUUGGGUUGGCAGUGGCUGCUGCUGUACUCCUGGCUGGGGUUUUGGGAUUGAUAGUGUUCCUCGGGUGGAGGAGAAGGAAAGGACAGAGGACUAAAGCCAAAACCCCAGCCAGGGACCUCAUUGAAAACACUGACAAUGUUGAACCUGAAGGUCAAUAUAUGGACCUCAAAGUGAACCCCAAGGAUAACAACAUCGUGUAUGCCUCCAUUGCCCACUCAAGCCCAGCCUCCCCAGGAACACCACCCUGCCAGCCCGUCCAUGGGAACCCCCAGGAAGAGACUGUGUACUCAAUCGUAAAGACCAAAUGAGUGGGUCUGGGUGACGAUCUCAGAGUCGCCUGUGUUUCUAGUGGGAAGACUCCCAGCUUCCACAGAUACCCACAGCCAGAGACAACAUCUCAUGGGUCCCUGAUACCCAUGGCCAGAGACAGAAAUCCACACAUCAGGGCGUUUG